AUGCAGUUUACUGAUAGGUAGAAUGAAACGCCCAUGAACUGAUGAUUACUGAAACACCAGUAGACUGACUCUUUUAAGAAAAAAACAAAGUUCAUGAUCAUGAAAGCAUUAAUAAAAUAAUAUUAAAUAAUUGUUUCAUUACUUGGGGCAGUGACAGUCCACUACAGUAUUAGAUUAGCCUACUAAGGACUAGAGUUACUGCAGAUUACAAAAUUGCGUUGUAGAACUCUAUCAUGAAUUAAAGAUUUCAUUUACAAUUCAUGAAUCCCCUGAGAAAACAGACUAGUAUUUGGACUAUGGGAUAACUAGUCAAGGUCUUUGAAUUUACUUAAAAAGUACAAUCAGGUGUGCAGUGUUGUAUGGACAUAAUCUCUGCUCUGUGUUUUUCAUGCCAGCAAAGACUGCUGUAAGAUUCUUCUAGAUGAAUUCAAAUUACUUUGACAAAGGUGCUGUAAGCGAUUUUAGCCGUUCUAGAAUUUCCACAAGCUGAGCCGUCUUUCCAAAAACCCUGCACUCCAUAGAUACCAAAUUAGCUUUAUUGAGAGCAGCAAAAUAGCUCCCUCAACUGACAACUUUUAUGAACAACAUUGCAUAAAAAUGUAAUUAAGCCUCAAUAAUUCAGUGCAACUACAAUACUAUGAGAACGGGCAAAAUGAUUGACAGACAGAAAGAGUCAGAGGCUGCUGCCUCCGGACACUUUUUUGUUUGCUGUUUACAGAGUCUAGUGCUGUCACAGAGACGGGAGAGAUAUCUCAGGACACUGAUUUCAUUACAUAUCUUUCAGGGAGUAAAAACGUUUUGAAUACCUUUCCAUGAAAAAAAUCACUUACAGCACCUUUAAUUUCCAACUACUGUUAUGUUCUGUUACAUCUACCAACUACAUGAUGACGCCGAUCUGUUACACUGUUCUGAGUCUCCUGCGGCACUGCAGGAAAAUUUACAUUCACAGCGAUUUGAGAUUCAAGUCUUCACUUCCUUAGCAAUUCAUCAAUAAAUGCUGAGAUGAUUCCCACCAUCCUACUAGUAAAGAAGACACUGAUGAGCCGUGAAAUGUAUUAAAACAAGAAUAAGCCCCAAAUAAAAUGGAAUAUUUAGGACAUACAAUUAUAAAAAUGGAGGCUGUUAAAGAGGAGAAUGGGGACCUGAGUGAUCCAGAACCAAGCAGAGUGAAAAAUGAAGAUACUGAGGAACAAAUAGUUAUCAGUAUCUGCAAAAUCCAACGUCAGUUGACCUCUAGAUGCUUUUAUCCAAUGCGACUUACAAAUGUGCAGUCUUCAUUAAUGACUGCUAAGGACCAUCUAGACCAGAUGGAAGUGAAAGAGGAAAGUCAAGAACUGAUUAGAGGAGUGGAGGACAACCACGAUAAUUUCAUCACUGGAGAAAACUCUGGUAGUAGCUCUCAAAAUAAGAAGACUGUCACCUGCCCUCAGUGUGGAAAGAGUUUCACACGUAAAGGAAACCUUAAGAAUCACUUAAGAAUUCACACUGGAGAGAGGCCUUACACAUGCCCUCGUUGUGGCAAGAGUUUCAGUCAAAAAGGACAUCUUCAACAUCACAUUAAGAUUCACACUGGAGAGAGACCUCACCCAUGCCCUCACUGUGGAAAGAGUUUCAUAGAAAGGGGACGCCUUAAGGAACACCUAAGAAUACAUACUGGAGAGAGGCCUUACAAAUGUGAUCACUGCGGAAAGACUUUCAGACGUAAAGGAGACCUUAAGAGUCACAAAAAAGUUUACACUGGAGAGAAGCCUUACACGUGUCAAGAGUGUGGGAAGAGUUUCACAGAAAAAGGACACCUGAAGAAUCACAUAAGGAUUCACUCUGGAGAGAGGCCUUUCACAUGCCCUCAGUGUGGACAGAGUUUCAUACGUAAAGGAGAUCUCAAGAGUCACAUUAGAAUUCAUUCUGGUGAGAGGCCUUUCACAUGCCCUCAGUGUGGAAAGAGUUUCAAAUGGGCAAACGGUCUCAAAGAUCAUUUGAGCACUCACUCUAAAAGAAGGCCAUUUAACUGUGAUCAGUGUGGUGAAAAAUUUAGUGUGGCUUCAAACUUGGAGGCACACUUGAAAAUUCAUGCAAAUGAGAGACCUUACUUAUGUUCUUUUUGCGGAAUGAGAUUUUCACUGCUGGACUAUUUGAAAGAGCACCAGAAAAUACACAAAGGUGUCAAUUCUCUUGCGUGCUCUGAAUGUGGGAAUACUUUCGCUAGAGCCAGCUGCUUGAAAGAGCACCAAAAGCUCCAUUUUGGAGGAAAACCUCACAAGUGUUCUUAUUGUGGAAAGAGUUUCAGUCAUUCAGGACACCUGAAAACACACGCGAGAGUGCACACUGGAGAGAAGCCAUAUCCCUGCUCUUCAUGUGGGAAGAGUUUCAGCACAUCAAGUACACUACAAAGACAUAGACGACAAUACUGUCCAAAGUUGUCACAGUGAACUAAGUUCAUCUCCAUGUCCAACAAUUAAAUUGUGUUAAACUCAUAUAAACCCAGGGAUGAAAUGGGACAGAUGUGUAACAUCUCUUUUAAAGAGAAAAUAAGGCUUUGACUUCAUUGUUUUACACUUGUGCUCAAUGCACCUCAACAAACCUCACAAGCAGCACAGCCACAAAAUGAGAGCCGUUCACACAGGAUGUGUUCUUCACAGCUGGAUGAAGCACAAAAGAAUGUAGCGAUCUCAAGAUGCAAUUUUCAAAGUUUCAACUACUUUUAACUCGACACAGCAUCCUAAAAGCACAGCAUUUACGAUGCUGAAAACCAGUGAGAAGCUCCAAAAGAUACGGCCGUCUGAUGCAUGUACAUAGACUGACAAUUUAAAAUAGCACAGAUGGAACGCAAUAAUGCGUCCUCUGACUGACGAACUUAAUUGUAAAAUGUAUUGCACUCCACUCUUGGGUUGUUCAAUGAUAUGGGGAAAAUAAAACAAUAAAUAUUUAUUUCUAAAGCCAGUUUUUGUAUUGUCCAGUCCAAGGGUGUCAACCUCAAUUUCAGUAUGGGCCCCAUCAGUGUUGUAUGUGCCUUCAAAGGGCCGGCUGAAAAUGUGGCACCAGCACUUGAUUAAUUACCAAUAAUUUUGCAUAUUGGGCAUUGAAAUGCACAUUUAACAGAAAAGCAUUGAUUUUGAGGUUGGGAUGCAGAUGUAAAUUAUGAUAUUAACAGUGUGACUAAGUUCAGUCUCCAUAGGACUGUACUGAUUAAAGUACAGUCCUCUAUUGAAAUUUCUGAAGGCAAACAAAGCAAGAUAAAAACUCACUACCACUGUUAGUAACUAUGCUUUCUAUAUAAAAAACUAUUGCAUUUUGUAAUGAAAAACAAUAGUCUAUGUAUAUUUAGAAAGCAUUUCUUCCAAAAUACCAUAGUGUUACUACAGUAAAUCGAUGGUACAUUUUUGUAAAGGUUUGUAAAGCCUUCUAAUUUAUGUCUGUGCAUGGCACAGUGUUUUCUUCUGUCUUUGCCAGUGCUGUUUAGAGUGGUGGGGCUGUUUAAUAUUGUUGUAAUUAUACCGAGACAUUUGGAGUUGUGCAACAAAACAAUUCUGUGCUGUAUUCAAAUGGGUUUUGCUUCUCACUGGUUCACAAGCAUGUUUAAUGAUCUGCGCUGCGUGGUCAAAACCAGUCCACGAGUAAACGCACAUGCUCUGCACUUGCGCCACUAUCCAUUGAGCCAUGCUGAUAAUUGGUCCAGGUAGUGCUGUUUUGUUCCGCUUUUGGAGCGAGCAAUAUGCACUCCACAAAACAAGAUUAGGAUAAUAGCCGUCAUUCACGGGUGGGACAUGUCCCUACAACUUUCUGCCUUUGCCAAUUUUGUUCCCACCACUUUUUGAAAUGUCUAAUGCAGAAGAAACAAGUCCAGUUCUUGACCAGGAGUUUUCAUUUUAUAUAUGUAUGUUCUAAUAGGUGGCGAUCCAGCACUGGAGUUUGUUAUUUUUAAUGUUAAAGUGAACCCUUGUUGCGGCUCUUAUCAGUGGCGCUGAUGUUCUCUCAUGCAUCCAGACGUGUGACGUAGUACUCCGCAGCUCAUGCUCCUUUCCAGUUAAAGCGCAAGCAAAAUGCAAACAUGUGUCUCCGCUCACUAUAUAAAUCUAAUGGCGUACAGUCUUUAUUAAAUUAAAAUGUAGGGCUGGGAAAUGUUAAUUUCUCCUAUAGUUGACUGUUUACGUGUAAAAAAACAAACAAAAAAAAAACCGCAAAAACUUCACUAAUAUUUUUUCCCCACUGCUUGUGGCUAAAAUUGGCAUUUAUAUAUUUUCAGGAGGUACACACUCGACUCGACUGCACAUCCUAGCACAGAAACUGAUUGUGUGAACAGUGCAUGCUUAUUCAUUACACGCAAUGCAUGUGCUGGAGACUUCACCCCCAAGCAGUGAUUCAGGUGUGAGAGAGAUACAGGUAAGCUGCCGUAUCUCUUUGCAUCACCCGAGAACUCUCUCACUGUCAUCUGAAUCACUGUCAAAAGCAAAACCACGUCUGUGAGCGACAACUUGCGCUCGAUAGAGACUCAACAGCCAGAGAAAAUAGUUUUGAGAUUUUAAACUUCUACAAAUAAAACUUUAGCAUUCAAUGUGUUUUAUAUCUGUAUGUUUAGUGUCUUAUAAUUUAUUGGCAAUGUACACUUUUUUUUUCUUUUUUUUUUUUUUUGCCAGUGAAGCUUGAUAUAAAUUGAAUCUGCCCAAUUGAUCCUAUGAUUGAAAAAAGUCAACUGGAAAACACCAGAUUUUGAUUAUCUUUUAAUUACAGCAUGUACUCUGAUUUUACAGCAUGUAAAUAUAUACUUUUAUCAAAUAUUCAUGCCUGUAAAAUGUACCUACUUUGUUUGCAUAAAAGCACAAUAAAUUAGUAUUAAAAAAAAUUAUCACAUUUAUUUUGAAUGAAACAAGUAUACAUACAUUUGUACUGGAAUAUUGUCUGAAUAUUCAUUUAUUUAAAAAACAUCAAGUUUAGAAAAUGUUAAAGCACUAUUAUAUAUUUAUAUCAUACAUCAUGUAUUAUAUUAUUUUACAUUAUAUUAUAUUACCUUUUUUUUCCCCUAUUUCACUGCUGGGCAUAUUCCUUUUUUCCUUCCCAUUGUUGUCCUAUAUUUCUCCAUAUUAUUUCAUCUACACUUCUAACUUCUUUAUCUACAUCUAAUAUACAAAUAUAUCAGUCUUUGUAUCUCAUUUUCUACCUAUUCUUUUAUUGCAGUUAUUGUUGUUACCAUUAUUGUUGUCAUCAUAUUUUAUUAUUACUAUUACUUUUUCUCUAAUUACCCUCCUUUGUUUUGUUUAUUUAGUUUUAUUUUAUUUAUUUUUCCCUUCUUUCUAUUGGUAUGAGAGAGAGAAAAUCACAAGACCACAUUACCAACAGGUCUGUCGACCUGGCUGAAACACAUCAUUGGUGGAUCCCCCACAAUAAAAUCCAAGCACCUAAGGCAGAGAUGCGACCAGGUCAUGCACCAGUGUUCUGGAUGGGCCUGCCAUGGUGCCAUGAUUCAAAGCAAAGGCAUUCCACUGGAAUGUGGAUGUACAGCAGGAAGUCUGUCUCACCAGUUAUCAGCCCCCACCACCACACACACUCUCUCUCUGUCUUAAAGGGAUGAUGACAAUGAUGGUAAUAAUAAUAAUAAUCCUUUAUAUACAGUACCGUGAAAUGUCUUAGGCACGUAAGAUGUUUCACAAAAGUAUUUGUCUUAAGAUGGUUAUUUAUAUCUUCAACUUUAGUGAGUCAAUAGGAAAUAUAAAUGUUAGACUCCCAAACAUUACUUUUGCAAAUAGAAAUGAUUAGAAUAGAAGAACAGGGAGCCCUGCAACAGAUGUCAUAAAGCCCUCCACUGAACAUCAUGUCAGUCUGAGAUUACAUAAAGAGACAGAAGCAAUCGAGACAGCCUAAAUAGAUAGAAGAACUGUGGUGCAUUCUCCAAGAAGCUUGGAUCAUCCUAUCUGCCAACAUCCAAGAAAAACUGUCCAGUUGUACCUAAGAGAACUGGUGCUGUUUUAAAGGCAAAGGUGGUCACACCAAAUAUUGAUUUAGCUUUUUUAUGUUUACUGGACUUUGUAUGACAUUAAGUGAUAAAUGAAAACUAUUUAUUUCAUUAUUUUUGAAGACAUCCUCACUAUGCAACAUUUUUCACAAGUGCCUAAAACUUUUGCAGAGUACUGUAUAUUAUUUAAAUGACAUAUAAAAUACCCUUCUUCCCCUCUUUUAAGAGCAUCUUUUAAGCUCAUCCUUUUUUUUUUUUUUAAUCACAUCAAUCAACCAAAUAAGAACCCUGAAUACAGGACACAAUAAGAUCAUACUUACAAUCAUUUCUAUUUUCACACAUAUUGAGAAGCUGUGGAAUCUUUUUGCACUAUUUGUACUCUCCAUGUUUGUCUUUGUUUUUUGUUUGUUUGUUAUUCCUUUACCUUCUAUAAUGCCUGUCACCAAAUAAUGUUGUAUAUAA